AUGGAGAUGUCGCAGACCAUCAGCAAGGGCAGCCUUCGCUCAAACCCCGCUUUUGGCGGGUCUGGGCCCCUCGAAGAGGGGCCUAAACUGCCGAUGAAGCACAGCACACGGCGCAUGCAAGGCCUUAUGCAGCAGAAGACGCCCAAGUUGGCCCGCUCUAACCCCCCCGCGAAACGGGGCAAGAAGCAGAACUGGGCGGGAGCAGAGACAGAGCUGGUGGAGUACAACGAGCCGGAGGAGUCGCACUUGGAGGAGGCCCCGGGAAUUCCGGACUCCGACUCGAGCCUCUCCUCAAGCUCGGGGUCGUCCAGCGACUCGGAUUGGGGGGACGACUCCAGCGAGGAGGACAAGCCUCCGCCCACCUACCUCACCCGGGGCCGGUCCUCGGGCAUGACUCGGCGCAUGUCUGCCUUCGCCAUGAUGUUGCCGCUCUUGGAUAGCAACAACGAGCCCAAGCGCCGGGGCUCCGUGGCAGAGGUGUUUCUCAAGACGCUGGAGGACGACGAGGACAAGAAGGACGACGAGCUCGAUUUUCCUUGGAGCGACGAGGAAUGCCGUAGCGUUUUCAUCAAGUUUGACACUGACACCGAUGGGGAGGUUGCCACUGAAGAGCUGGAGCUGAUGCUGAAGUACAUGGGCUGUAUCCUUCGGCCGGGCGAAGUGGAGAGGCUGAUUCAUGACAUGUUCAGCUAUGCCACCGUUAGCUGGGAGGAGUGGAACACCUUCCUGGAGCGCUACCGGGAGGUGGACGAAAGGUAUUUGCGCGCCGAGUUCGCCGCGGCGGACUCGGACAAGAACGGGGUUUUGGACGUGGAUGAGCUGCACACGCUCUUGGCCAAAAUGGGCUAUGUGACAGAUGCGCACACGGUGAUGGAAGCCAUGGAAACCAUCGGCUGCAAGCAGACGGUGAACCUCCGGAAGUUUGAGAAGCUUCGGGAGCACUUACGAUGCACUGAAGGCCUCGCCAAGGAUGACGUCACGCAGCUGCGGGAGCUCUACGACCGGGUGGCAGCCACGGCCAAGAUGCAGCAGCGCGCGAGGAAGGUCGACCUGGGCGUUGGCAGCCACAGCGACAUCGCCAAGCGGCUUAUUGCAGAGCAGCAGGAGAUGCCUGUCGAGGAUGUCCAGCGCGUCAUCACGUUCCUGGGCUACUCAGUGUCCACGGACCGGGUGGAUCAGAUCACCCGCGAGGUGGACAACGACCUCAGCCGCUUCAUCUCCUUUCAGGAGUUGCUGAAGCUGAUCCGCCGUGUGCGCGAUGUCGAGCGGGAGUCCAUCGCCGCCAUGUUCGAGGCUCUGGCAGGGGAUGGCGAUCUCCCGCUGCAAGACUUGCCCCGUGGCCUCACCGAGCUCAGGUACUACCCCACGGACGACAUGGUCUUCCACGUGCUGGAUGAGCUGGGCCCGCGGAGCAAGACGCACAUCAACCAGGGGGAGGUGUUCGCCUUCCUCUGCCUCUUCCGGGAGAAGGAGGGCUUGACCCCGGAGGAGCGGCGCGAGAUGCGGCAGGUCUUCGAGCAUCAAUGCAAGAUCACGGCGCAGCGCGCCUACGUGCAGCAGCUGGAAGAUCCGACCGGCAAUACCAAGAUGACCAACAACGGAUCCCCCAAGCUGCAGCCAGCCGCGUCGCCGCGGCCCACCAACCCGCGGGGCAGCACGCUGGUCGGGCCAUCUCCCAAAGCCGCCACUACUCCGUCUCCGCGGAACCUCCUUGCGGCCAUUGACACGCUGGUAGUGGAGCAAGAACUCGAUGCGCUGCGAAUGAAUCGGGUGAUGCGGUGGUUCGGCUUCGAGAAGCCCCUGAUGCAGGUUCAGGACAUGAUGGCUAGCAUCGACUUGGAUGCCAAGGGCAAGCUGAGUUUCGAAGAGCUCCUCGGCAAAAAUGGAAACUGA